UAGAGCGGCGGAGUGGUUUGACGGGCAGUCGAGGUUGCAGCAGGCAGAGGGAGACGGUGGAAGGUAAAGCAGGGAGGCAGCAUCAUGGCGGACAGAGACAGUGGCAGUGACCACGGAGGGCCCACCGCAGGCCCCGGCUCGCUGCCCCCGGGUGCGAUGGGCGCCAUGUCCCGGCUGCAGCACGACACCGAGGAGCUCGCCUCCAAGCGCGUCGACAUCCAGAACAAGCGCUUCUACCUUGACGUGAAGCAGAAUGUUAAAGGCCGCUUCCUAAAGAUAGCCGAGGUCGGGGCUGGGGGAAACAAGAGCCGCCUCACUCUCUCCAUGUCGGUUGCCGUGGAGUUCCGCGAUUAUCUCGGGGACUUUAUCGAACAUUACGCCCAGCUGGGCCCGACCAACCCGGACAUGGUGCAGGAUGAGCCCCGGCGGGCGCUCAAGAGCGAAUUCCUGGUUCGGGAGAAUCGGAAAUAUUACAUGGAUCUGAAAGAGAACCAGAGGGGGCGGUUCCUGAGGAUCCGACAGACCGUUAAUCGGGGGCCCGGAUUGGGAAGCGCGCAAGGCCAGACCAUCGCUCUGCCGGCGCAGGGUCUCAUCGAGUUCCGCGACGCUUUGGCCAAACUCAUCGACGACUACGGCGUGGACGAGGAGCCGGCGGAGCUCCCGGAGGGCACCUCGCUCACGGUCGACAACAAGCGCUUCUUCUUUGACGUGGGCUCCAAUAAGUACGGGGUCUUCAUGCGGGUCAGCGAGGUGAAGCCCACGUACCGGAACUCCAUUACGGUUCCGUGCAAAGUGUGGUCCAAAUUCGGAAACACCUUCUGUAAAUACGCGGAGGAGAUGAGGAAGAUCCAGGAGAGGAGUAGAGAGAAACGGGCCUCCGAACUGCUACCUGAGGGCCCACACGGCGGAGAUGAAGGCGACGAUGACUGACGCGGAUUUUGGGAGAGCAGAAACGAAACAACUGAACUCUGAGAGAAAACGAGACUUUUAACUGUAAAAUAGAAAGAGAAUUUCCAAGGGAAUCACCCCACACACACAACCUCCACAGACAUGGCAGCACCUCUGCUGUCUCCUCGCUCAUUUUACUGGAUGUCACCCCACUUACCACCCAUGUAACAGUAAGCCGCUGCUAUCAAGGAUUGAACUGUAAGAUAUGAACUGUUUCCUACUUGAUUUAAAUGACAAUGAACAGAGUGUUUAUAUCUCUAUCAACGACAGAUUUUGCACACAUCAAAGCUAUUUCGAAAGAAAAUGUUUAAAUGUUUUCAAACUGGUAAUAUACUAAAAUUUAAUCAAAAAUAAAACCAGAGGUCUAUUAUAUUAAAUGACAGUCUUCAUGUAGAACGAAUAUUUGACAUCAGCACAAAGAGAAUAUAUUAUGGACUUUAUGAAACCAAAAUCUGAUACCAGAUGUAUAGUUUAUUAUAAAGGUACGCAGAAUAAAUAUGAAAGCGCUCUAAAAGUGUAUGAAUUGCAGAACGCAGCACUACAGGCCUGUAAACACCUGUCAGCAUGCGUGUAGGCUCAUGUUUUGAAGAAGUUUGGCAAAGUAGGCUAUAGUCUUUAAUUUGACCUAAAAUGUAGUAGGCUAAUGACAGCACUUCUAUCAUGCCAUUAUGGAAAGGUUGAGACUCAAAAAUAAAUAGCCUAUUUUCUGCGCCUCAAACAAAUGGGAUAAAUCUAUCUCUGAGCUACUAUAUUGAAUAUCAACCCUCUUGCACCAUGUCCAUAUAAACUUAAAGGAAAAAAAAGUGCUAACUUAGAUGUACUAAUUAUGAUUUUGUGAAUCAGCUGUAAAAAAAAAUCCUUAUUAAGAUACCCACGUUUUCUGUGGGUUAAGUUUUUUCUUUAUUACUUUGUUGUUUUUCCUCUUGGGAGGGCGGGGGGGGGUGGGGGAUGCAAAAGGAUGAGGUCCACUUGUGGGAGCGCAAGGCGCGGAAACAAAAAAAACCAUUUAAAAAAAAUCAAAAACAAAAAUAAAAAAAAAACAAACAAAAAAGACGCGUCAGCGCAGCACGCGGCGAGGCAACGCAUCCUCUCUGA